GUUGGGCCAUUGAAUGAGUAAUUAAGAGAAAAAGAGGACAAGAGAGACAGAAAGACGGAGUGAAUCCACGAUUUACAUGAUCAGAAAAUUGCAUUGAUAUAUGUACACAUGAAGUGAGGCAAAAAGAAAGAUGUGGUGCAUGUGAAAGAUAGACGAAGAGAAUAACGCUUUCGUUUUCUACUAUACUAUAUAUUCUUCCUCCUCCUCUCUCCCCAAUUAAAGCUUGGCAAUUAAUCAAAAAUGGAGGGCGGCGAAGAGGGAAUUAAGGAGACGCUGCUGAAUAAAAGAUACUAUGAGAAUUGCCCAGGUUGUAAGGUGGAUCUGCACAAGGCAGGGCAGCGUGGUUUGCCCAUUAAAGAGCUCUUCACUGUAUGGGCGGUGGUCCUUGGCACAGCACUUCCAAUAUCAUCUCUCUUUCCAUUUCUUUAUUUCAUGAUAAGAGACUUUCACAUUGCAAAGAGAGAGGAAGAUAUUGGUUCCUAUGCAGGUUAUGUAGGUUCUGCAUAUAUGCUUGGAAGAGCUUUAACAUCUGUCUUUUGGGGAAUCGUGGCUGAUCGAUAUGGACGAAAACCAGUAAUAAUUAUCGGCACUUUUACAGUGGUUGUUUUCAAUACUCUCUUUGGUCUUAGCAUCAACUUUUGGAUGGCAGUCAUAACAAGAUUUCUUCUUGGAAGUUUAAAUGGUUUGCUUGGACCAAUAAAGGCAUAUGCUGCUGAAAUUUUUCGUGAAGAAUACCAAGCACUGGGAAUGUCAACGAUUAGUACUGCAUGGGGCAUUGGGUUGAUUAUUGGUCCAGCUUUAGGAGGCUUCCUUGCCCAGCCUGCAGAGAAAUAUCCAGCCAUAUUCUCAAAGGAUUCUUUAUUUGGAAGAUUUCCCUACUUCUUGCCUUGCCUCUGCAUAUCACUGUUUUCCUUGGUCGUGGCUAUUGGUUCAUUUUGGCUGCCGGAAACACUACACAUUCAUGAUUCAGAAAUGUCACCUCAAGAUUCUUAUAAGGCUCUGGAAGCUGCAUCAGAUACAAAAGAAGGAAAUGAAUCAAUCCCAAAAGAAAACCUUUUCAAGAACUGGGCAUUGAUGUCAUCGAUCAUACUAUACUGCAUCUUCGCUCUUCACGAUAUGGCUUACUCAGAGAUUUUCUCAUUAUGGGCUGUGAGCCCCAGAAAGUUUGGCGGCUUAAAUUAUUCAACUGCUGAUGUUGGUGAAGUACUAUCGUUCUCAGGGUUUGGCCUUCUAGUCUUUCAACUUUUUCUGUAUCCGUUGGUUGCCAAGUAUUUUGGCCCUAUCGUCACUGCUCGACUUGCAGGAGUUUUAUCAAUUCCGUUACUGGCGAGUUACCCAUAUAUCGCUAUGCUGUCUGGGAUCACCCUCUCUGUGGUGAUUAAUUUUGCAUCCAUGAUGAAGAAUGCGUUGUCUAUCUCUAUCAUAACCGGGUUAUUCAUAUUACAAAACAACGCAGUGGACCAGCGACAAAGGGGAGCUGCUAAUGGACUUGCCAUGACUGGAAUGUCAUUUUUUAAAGCUCUUGGGCCAGCAGGGGGUGGAGCACUCUUCUCUUGGGCUCAAAAAAGGCUUGAUGCUUCCUUCCUUCCAGGUAAUCAGGUGGUUUUCUUUGUGCUGAAUCUGAUUGAAGCAAUUGGCUUGUUGUUGACAUUCAAACCAUUCCUAGUCGUCCGACAAAAUUCGUAGUGGAAAGUUUAUGUAUUUCAAUUAUGAUUAUUUUUUAGUAUUCUAUAUUACGCGUCGCAACAAAUAGAAAUUGAACACCACAGCUAGCUGUGUGUAACUAUGGACUUGAAACCCCCGUAUUAAAGAAGUGGGUAAGCAAGAAGUUGCACUCUUACUGACUAUCCAUCAAUUAAUGCAACAAAUAUGGAUUGGCCAGAUGAUUUGAUCACCAUGAUGAAUCAAAUUAGUUGGGUUAAACGUUUUUUGCUCA